ACGCGGCACCUUCCGCUGCUGCACGGCACGGCCCCGCCGGCCCGCCCCGGGACGACGGCGAGAUGAGGUGAACCAAAGUGUUGGUAGUAAUUCUCUCGUACGACGUCUUCAAUGCCGCAUUUAAGCCGGGCGUGACCGCUCAGCCGCGGACCACCUUUCCUCUGUUCCUCCCCUGUGUGAGUGAUCGGCCAGUCCGAGGCGUGGCUCGCUCGAUCCCCUCUCCUUUUCGCCCUCUCUUCACUGUCAGUAUCUGUUGUCUUAUUGCCGGCCACUGCCUCCCCUGCCGCGCGCUCGGAGGCUGCAGCAAUGGCGACGCGCUUCUCCGCCGCCGUGCUUCCUUUGCUCCUCGGCUUUCUGCUCCUGCAAGGAGCACCGUCGCGCGCCGCCGACGCCGACACCGUCGCCGUCGGCCGGCCGCUGUCAGGCCGACAGAGGCUGGUGUCCAGGCGCGGCAAGUUCGCGCUCGGCUUCUUCCAGCCUGCAGAAUCAUCGCAGAACUGGUACCUCGGCAUUUGGUACAACCAAAUCUCCAAGCACACCACGGUGUGGGUUGCCAACCGGGACACGCCGGUCUCCGACCCAGCCUCCUCGCAGCUCUCUAUCUCGAGCGACGGCAACAUGGUCCUCCUCGACGACCGUGCCAAGUCCCCGGUACUCUGGUCCACAGGCGUCGCCUCCGGCGGCUCCACGGUCGGCCUCCUGCUCGACACGGGCAACCUCGUCCUGGCGGACGCGUCCAACACCUCCGCCGUGCUCUGGCAGAGCUUCGACCACUUCGGCGACACGUGGCUGCCCGGCGGCAAGCUCGGCCGGAACAAGCGCACCGGCGAGGUCACUCGUCUCUUCGCGUGGAAGGGCUACGACGACCCGGCGCCCGGCGUGUUCGCGCUCGAGCUCGACCCGAACGGCACGAGCCAGUACCUGCUCAACUGGAACGGCAGCAUGGAGUACUGGACCAGCGGCAACUGGACCGGGGACGGGUUCACCGGCGUGCCGGAGUUGACGGCCUAUAGCAAGUACCCGAAUUCCAAGUACAAAUUCGGCUACGUCGACGGCGUGGACGAGAGCUACUUCUUCUACGACGUCAAGGACGAGGCCGUCGUGACGCGGUUCCUGGUGGACGUGACGGGCCAGAUCAAGUUCCUGACGUGGGUUGAGUCAGCCGGCCAGUGGAUCCUCUUCUGGUCGCAGCCCAAGGCGCAGUGCGACGUCUACGCGCUCUGCGGGGCCUUCGCCGCGUGCGUCGAGAACGAGCUGCCGUCGUGCCGCUGCCUUCGCGGCUUCCGCGAGCGGCGGCCGCUGGCAUGGCUGCAGGGCGAUCAUGCUGAGGGCUGCGUCAGGGACACCGCGCUGCAGCAGUGCACGAUGCGGGAGGCGAAGAACGACGACGGUUUCUAUGCCAUGCCUGACGUGAGGCUGCCGAGCGACGCGCGGGGUGUCGUGUCCGCGGCGAGCGCUCGUGACUGCGAGCUCGCGUGUAUCGGGGAGUGCUCCUGCACUGCCUACUCCUACAACGGUAGCUGCUGGCUCUGGCACGGAGGCCUCAUCAACCUCCAAGACACGAGCAGCACUGGCACCGGAGGCGGCAGUGGCACCAUCCUCAUCCGGCUGGCUGCGUCCGAGUUCACUAGCCAAGGGCGCACCAAGACACUGAUCAUUGCACUCGUCAUCGUCGCGGCGGCCGUGGCCGCAGUCACCGUUGCCAUUCUCGUGUCAGUCUUCGUUCUGAGGAGGAGAAGGGUGAAGGCGCAAAGGAGAGUCGUGGAAGGUUCCCUGAUGGCGUUCACGUACCGCGACAUGCAGUCCGUGACCAACAACUUCUCGGACAAGCUCGGCGGCGGCUCCUUCGGGUCGGUGUUCAAAGGGUCACUCCCCGACGCGGCGGUGACGCUGGUCGCGGUGAAGAAGCUGGAGGGUGUGCGUCAGGGGGAGAAGCAGUUCCGCGCGGAGGUGAGCACGAUCGGCACCAUCCAGCACGUCAACCUCAUCCGGCUGCUCGGGUUCUGCUCCGAGGGGACACGGAGGCUGCUCGUCUACGAGCACAUGCCCAACGGCUCCCUGGACAGGCACCUCUUCGGGUCCGGCCCCAGCCCCGGCCAUGGCGUCCUCAGCUGGGAGACGAGGUACCAGAUCGCUCUGGGCAUCGCGAGGGGACUGGACUAUCUGCACGACAAGUGCAGGGACUGCAUCAUACACUGCGACAUCAAGCCCGAGAACAUCCUCCUGGACGACGCGUUCGCCGUGAAGGUGGCCGACUUUGGGCUGGCCAAGCUCAUGGGCCGCGACAUCAGCCGCGUGCUGACGACGAUGAGGGGCACGGUGGGGUACCUGGCGCCGGAGUGGAUCACCGGCACGGCCAUCACGGCCAAGGCCGACGUGUUCAGCUACGGCAUGCUGCUCUUCGAGAUCGUGUCCGGCAGGAGGAACGUGGAGCAGCGGCCGGACGGCACCGUGGACUUCUUCCCGUCGACGGCCGCGAGCCGGCUCCUGGAUGGCGACGUGAAGAGCACGGUGGACAGGCGGCUCGACGGCGACGCCGACAGUGGCGAGGUGGAGCGGGCGUGCAAGGUGGCGUGCUGGUGCGUGCAGGACGAGGAGGGCGCGCGGCCGAGCAUGGGGACGGUGGUGCAGGCCCUCGAGGGGCUCGUCGAGGUCAGCAUGCCGCCUGUCCCGAGAAUGCUCAAAGUGCUGGGGGAUCCAGCCAACUACGUCAAGUUCUUUUCAGGGUUGCCGUCGACAUGAAACCGGAUCAGUACAACACCGCGCAGCAGUGUAGUUACCUUAAGUGACCUACGCAUGCACAGCUGUGUAUAAAUAUACAAGUAGGGUAGUCUUCUUCCAACGUAUUCAUGAACUGUAGUGGUGCAUUCUACUCCCUCGGUCCCAAAAUAAAUGACUCAAAUUUGUCACGGAGGGAGUACGUGUUUUACGAACUAGCGAAGAAUUCGUGUAUGCAAUUUUGCAGCUAUAGCAAAUGGGCUAAUGUUGUGCUAAUUAAGCACGUGACCA